UCUUGUAGACUCUGGAAGAAGGAGAAAUGGCACCCCCAGCCCACCACGCUUUGUACCUCCCCUCUGUUGCUUCGGGACAGCCCAGCUUCUGAGGGUCGUUUCAGCACUGGACACUUUUCCACCACGCUGAUGGCAUUUUAAAUAUAGUUGUUGAUUUUCCCAAAUUUUAACUGAAGAAAGCCCUAAGAAUUUAUACUUGAGGACAAAAGUGUAAUUCUGCCAAUUUACAGGUUUUCAGAAUGAAUCUGGAAAAACUCAGCAAGCCUGAACUCCUGACACUGUUCAGUAUUCUUGAAGGAGAGCUUGAAGCAAGGGACCUUGUUAUAGAAGCUUUAAAGGCCCAACACAGAGAUACUUUCAUUGAGGAACGUUAUGGGAAAUAUAACAUCAGUGACCCUUUAAUGGCUCUCCAGAGAGAUUUUGAAACGCUGAAGGAGAAGAACGACGGGGAGAAGCAGCCGGUCUGCACAAACCCGCUGUCGGUCCUUAAGGUGGUCAUGAAGCAGUGCAAGAGCAUGCAGGAGCGCAUGUUGUCCCAGCUGGCCGCUGCCGAGAGCAGGCACCGCAAGGUGAUCCUCGACCUCGAGGAGGAGAGGCAGCGGCACGCACAGGACACGGCGGAAGGAGACGACGUCACCUACAUGCUGGAGAAGGAGAGGGAGAGGCUGACGCAGCAGUUGGAAUUUGAAAAGUCCCAAGUGAAAAAGUUUGAGAAAGAGCAGAAGAAGUUGUCGAGCCAGCUGGAAGAGGAGCGCUCGCGCCACAAGCAGCUCUCGUCCAUGCUGGUGCUCGAGUGCAAGAAGGCCAGCAGCAAGGCCGCCGAGGAGGGCCAGAAGGCCGGAGAGCUGAGCCUGAGGCUGGAGGAGGAGAGGAGCCGGGUGAGUAAGCUGGAGGAGGAGCUGGCCGCCGAGCGGAAGCGGGGCGUGCAGACCGAGGCCCAGGUGGAGAAGCAGCUGUCCGAGUUUGACAUUGAAAGGGAACAGCUGAGAGCAAAACUGAACCGAGAGGAGAACCGGACCAGAACCCUGAAAGAAGAGAUGGAGAGUCUGAAGAAAAUAGUGAAGGACCUCGAGGCCGCCCACCAGCGCUGUAGCCCUGAGGAGCAGCCGAAGAAGCCCGUAACCACGUCCAAAGGCACCGCAACUGAGCCCCCCAUGCUGGUGUCUGUAUUUUGCCAGACCGAGAGUUUUCAGGUGGAGAGAACCCACGGGAACAACUUAGCCAAGGUGACAAGCCCUGGGCUGCCUGGCCCUGCCACUCCUGCUUACUCUUAUGCAAAAGCCAAUGGCCACUGCGACCCAGAGACACAAACCACCAGGGAGUUGGUUGUAGGCAGCAGUGUAGAAAACCAAGUGCCUCCACGAGAGAAAUCUGCGCCGCUGGCCCCAGAGAAAGCAGUGGAGAACGGCGGGUGUCCUGUGGGGACUGAGACCGCAGUUCCAGUGGCCACUCACCUCCCUCCCAGUGGGAGCUCACUGUCCCCCAGCAGCACUGCCUCCUCCUCUCUGACACCCUCUCCUUGCUCCUCACCAGUGCUAAGUAAACGCUUGCUGGGCUCAUCAGCCAGCAGCCCCGGCUACCAGUCAUCCUACCAAGUAGGGAUCAACCAGCGGUUCCAUGCAGCUCGACACAAAUUUCAAUCCCAGGCAGAUCAGGACCAACAAGCCAGCGGGCUCCAGAGCCCUCCGUCCAGGGAUCUGUCCCCCACCCUCCUAGACAACUCUGCCGCCAAGCAGCUGGCCCGAAACACAGUCACUCAGGUGCUCUCCCGAUUCACUGGCCACCAAGGGCCAAUCAAGCCUGUCUCUCCCAAUAGCUCUCCCUUCGGCACAGACUAUCGAAAUCUGGCCAGCACUGCCAACCCAAGAGGUGACACUAGCCAUUCGCCUACUCCAGGGAAAGUGUCCAGUCCUCUGAGCCCUCUCUCUCCAGGAAUCAAGUCCCCCACCAUCCCCAGAGCUGAAAGAGGAAACCCUCCACCCAUCCCGCCCAAAAAACCUGGUCUCACCCCUACUACAUCUGCCACUCCUCCACUGACCAAAACCCAUUCCCAGGCAUCCUCUGUGACUGCCACGGAAGACCUUGCCAGCAGCUGCUCUUCCAACGCCGUGGUAGCCAAUGGCAAGGACGUUGAUAUACUUUUGCCUACCAGCAGCUAGUCCCUAAAGGGGAAGCCUCCACAUUUGACAUUCCGUCAUACAUCAUCCAAGAGCUGAGUCAGACCAUUGGGUCAAAUCGUGUUAUUUAUUUUGAUAGUGGCUGAAACCAUCUGUAUAAUACAUUUAGUGUGUUUUACCUUUUUGUAUUUUUUUAAGUAGAAACUGAGUAGUUUGGAUUCUUAGGGUCCACAUCUUUGUACUGAAGCUAGGAGACGUUCUCAAGCUCAGCAGCCGCUGUCUUGUGAUGGAGAAAGCGAACCGAGGACCAGGUGGUGCCUCGCCGUCGGUUUCGGGACCAGCACCUCCCAGCACCUCCCAGCACUCACUCGGAGUUAUGCAGAAGUGGUUGUGCAGAUUUCCAUUCCAGGUGAACAUGUUUCAAAGUGCCUGAACCAAGACUGCCGUAGGAAUGCGAUUCUGCAGCAGAAACACAACACGGAUCAUCUCAUUGCAGCCAAUGAGAGCCCCUGUGAACUCUGAAUGUUAAAAACCAACACUGCUUUUAAUCCUCUUUUCCUGAUUUUAAUACAAGCUUUGUGGAAUCCCUCUGAAGGUGGGUGUAGACUCACCAGAGAGCUGAGCUGUGCGGAGCCCUCGAGAAAUCCUCCCGGGCACUCAGCCGUUGGGUGCUGAUCUCCUCGUACUUUUGAAAAAUUAAGUUACUCCCAGUUCCCUUCAUACGUUCUUGAAUAUAAUGAAAUCACAUCUCCAUUCAGAAAAUGUCUUCAAGCGUCUACUGUUGUGUAAGGAACUUCUGAUUCUGAUUGCUGUUACUUGAACAAGAAAUGGUUACUUAUUCUGUAUAAAAGUUUUACAACAGAAUGAAAUCUUUAUGCUGUAAUCAAAAAGCAAUAACUUAAGAUUCAGUCUUUGUAAUAUUAUAAAUCAGAAUUAUACAGGUGUUACCAAAUUGUUACAUUUAUUCUCCAAGCUGCCAGCACUUGUCUGUAUCUGUGGAACCAAAUUAACUUUUGCCUAAACGGAAAUACACAUGUAUCUGUAUAGACUCAUACCCCUUCCUUCACAUGUCGGACAUACACACACACUUAAACACAUUAAUGUUAGUGUGGUCAUAUCUUUGGAGUUUGCAGUAUAGCAUAAAGGACAAGUAGAAUGGCACAUUUAAGAUUACCUACCAAAGCAACUAGGUGUGGCUGGGACCCAACCAAAGGAAGCGGAAUCUUGUACACGGGGAGGUGGGAAAUUGUGUCGAUAGGUAAGUCUGCAUGCAGAGGCAGAGCUAACCUCACCCCAGUGUCACAAAACCAGUCAUACAAAUGAGUGCCACAGGCCACUCCCUCAAGUGGAAAGCAGCUGAGUGGCCGGAGCUGUAGCAGACGGCUGGGCCGAGCCCCAUUUUCAGAGGCCGCCCAGUCUCUAGCUCCAGCUGCUUCCUGUGCUGCACGACCCCUAGACCCGGAAUUACCCGCUCUUCACAGUUUUGUGAAAUCCAAGUUUUCAUGAGAAACAUUCUCAUUUUUAAAUAUUAAGAACCGAUUCAAAAAACCUUUAAACACUGCUAGUUAGAUAAACACUUCUGCAGCUGGAUGUAGCCUGUAAGCUGCCAAGCUGCAGCCUCCUUCAUUCCAGAAAUUUCUGUCAUUUCCAUCGUAUCAACAUUGGCAUGGACAGAAACCUGAAGACUUUUGAAGUGUGUGGAUUGGCACAGCAGACAUAGUCCGUAGAUUGUAGUGAUCAUCGCCCUCUUCCAAAAAGGACUGUCCACAACCCAGCCCAGACACGGUGUUCUGUGAUUUCGUGUCCACAGGCAGGGAGACAUCCUCCUAGCCCACAUCUGUCCAGCACUCCCUGACCUGCUAAAAUUGAACUCUGUUUCAUGUUAACCCAAUAUGACUGGACAGGGGGAAAGGCAGUUGAUGAAACCGAUGAAUAUAUUAUAGCCCAGUAGUGCACUGUUGACUCCACAGCCUGUGAUUUGAUUAAGACAAAUAUAUUUGAAAUGCCCCAGGGUAUCUACCAAAAUGAUGUAGCUCCCUACAUCAUUAAACUGUCCAAAGCAAUCAUGCAUUGAACUUGAUCCCCAUGCACAACCAAAAUGAACAAUGGUGAUGAAAUAGCUCACUUUUCUAAACAGGAGGGGGCUUCCAUACCACAGUUAAUACCUCUCUUGCUUUACAUGGUAAUCUUACAAGUUGCAUUGUGCUCUUCCUUUGUUUUGGGAUUAGAUGAUAUAUAUAGAGAGAGGGAGAGAGACUAUAAGGAUGUUUAUUUCUUAGGAAGUGCACUGAAUGAUGUAUUUCUUUUACAGUGUAAUAUGGGGGUGGGAAUAUGCAAGAGAAAUGUGUAUUUUUGCUAGUUGCCUAUCUUUUGAGAUAAAUAAGCACAAUCCUGCAAUGGAUCCAAUAAUCCAGUUAGAUAUUAUAGGUUAGUAUUUAAGUUUGCUGUAGAUUGUGUGUGUGUGCGUGUGUGUGCACUAGGUAAAAAUUCCAUGAUUUACAAUUUUGGUGUUAACCCAUGAUGGGAAAGCUAUGUUACUGGUCAACAGAUGAUAAUGAUGUACAACAUGUAACACAGGCAGUAACUGUUAGUCAUUAAUGUUUGUAAAGCCAAUUGUACCAUGCAGAAAUCUUCAUUUUUAUAGCAAACUACAUUAAAACAGUUAAAUCAUACUGUCUGGGGGAAAAGGAGUCUUGUUUGUACACAGCCAAGAAUAUUGCACAAUUUGGGCAUAUUUUCCUGACGCGGGAAUGGGUGGCUUAGAGGGAGCACCUGAUCAUGGCUUUGAAAAACCAGAUGGACCCACCCAGGUUAGACCCCCAUACGAACUGGGGCAUGGACUUUAGUUAGAGCUGGGAAAAGCCUUCUCAGGAUUCCAGCCUAAUUUUUAAAUCAUUUGGGGGUUCUGGACCU